GCAGCACAGCCGCUCGCUUUUUAACGCUACAUUCCAGCUGAGGGGAAAAGGGCAGGAAAAAAAGUCUCGAAACGCCAAUUGGAUAUAAAUCAAAGUACUUUAGAGUGACUUUUACACGGCGUGUGUGCGUGCGUGCGUGGGUGCGUGCGAGUGCGCGUGCGCGUGUAAUAAUUAACAGGAGGCACGAAGGUGUCCGUUGGCAGUUCUUUGGCACUCUUUCCAUUGUCAUUCCUGGGUUUUUUUCCCCUUCCUUCCUUUCUUUCUUUCUUCCUUUCUUUCUUUCUUUCUUUCUUUUCAACUGUUGGAUGCAUUGUGAUUCGACACGUUGACAAAUGAAAGCAAGCAAGAAAGCGAGUUGUUGUCCUACCUGACGAGCAGAUGGAGCCAGGCAGUCACGUGACCUUAGCGCGAGUCUCGACCGCACAGCCUAAAAGUGUCCACAUUUCAGCCUACGAGAACUCCGCUUCAAACUUGAAGAAAGUUCAUCGUGCUCGCAGCUCACUGUUGACGCGACGCGCACAUGCCCCAAGUAAUGGAUACCAGCUCACAAAUCCAGCACGAGGACGAGGACACCACCAAGAAGACUUCGGGGGUGCUGGAGACUUUCCGAAACGGUAUCCGGCCGGUGGCCCAGAAAAGUCCGCUCACGCCGGGGUCCAGAGGGUCCAAGAACCAGUCACCGUCGACGCCAUCCAAAGCUCCACAUUCUCCUGGCGUCACGUCGCCGCUGAGGAGCGUGGCGGUGCUCUUCCACACCGAAGACCACGACGACGAGUCGCAGAAAGGCCGACCCGUGAUGCGUUCGAGGACAGAACCAAACGUGGCUCGACUGGACUCUCUCCUGAAGAAAGGCGCGUCCAUUCGUCGCAGCCUGAGGUUCGGCUCCAAGAAGGACAAACCGCAGGACGCCUUCCUCGCCGUCCGGGAUGAGGCCGAGGAGGAGGGGGAGGAGGGGGAAGCCUGGGAGGAGAUGGAGGAAACGUACACGCUGCCGGAAUUGCCGCGCAUCCCUCUGUCGGUGAUGCAGAUCAACAAGCUGAUCGAGAUGGAGGUCCUGGAGGAGGCGCACCUCCACCUUCUGGCUCUGCGGGCGGAGUUCCAGCGGGAGCGUCUGCGCCUCGCCCAGGAGGACUCGCCCGUGGAGCUGGCCAAGAAGGAGAAGGACCUGAGUCUCCUCUACGCCGACCUGCGCCUGAAGAUGGCUUCCAUCGUGCGCACCUCCGUCUCUUUACCCGCCAGGAACGAGGGCCUCCUGGUGCACGUGGCCCGCAUCGUCCAGGAGGAGGACAAGCGGGCCCGGGAACCCGGCGGUCUCCAGGGGAGCUGGAUGGACGCGUGGAGGGAGGCCGUGGAUCGGGGCGCCCGGGACAAGGUGGAGGGCGUCCACCUGGAGCCCAGCAACGACGGUAACGCCUCGUGGCUGGCGGUCCACCUGGGCCUCCUGGGCAAGGCGUUGCUGGAGGAUCUGGAGAAGGCGAAGAACGAGCUGCGGCGCUCCUACCCGCCCAGCUUCCGGGUCUUCGCCACUUACGUGCGCGCCUACCACGCCGCCGUCGGUCGGCACCUGCGCACCCUGGAGGGCCGCGCCACGCGGCUCAAGGACCUCUACGCCCUGCUGGACUGGACCGUACGCCGCUACCGCGGCGAGAGGAUCAUGGGCAGCGCCGCCCUCGAGCCCGACAUGAGCGCGGCCGACGCCGACCUGCGCGUGGACGACGACUUCCUGCGGAGGCUCAGAACCAAGUUCUGCGACACUGUCAAGGAGGACCUGAGAGCGUCUCUGGACCGCCUGCUGGAGCUGGAGAACGAGGAGAUGUGGAGCGUCGGGAAGCGUCCCGACACGGACGCCGACCGCUUGUUCACCUCCGUCUUCCACGUGGACAUCUGCACGGUCAGACACCGACGAGCGACUCUUGGGCGUCGACGGUUGCGGCGACAGACUCUGGCGCGCGUGUGUGUGUGUGUGUGUUGGCGCGCGUGUGUGCGAACAGAAAGUGAGAGGGAACGCGGUCAACGCCGCGCACGUCGACGGCGAGCUGGAACGAGACGUGAUCGCUUCGUGCCUGGGAGAGCUGAAGGGUUUCCCCAAGAGGUUCGAAGACGAGUUCCGCCGCCGCCGCCGCUCGUCCGCGCGAGCCGACGAUCCGCUGUGGAGCGAGUACCGCGUCGCCUACGUCAACUGCUUCAGCGCCUUACGCGUCCACACCGAGGAGUCGUACCGGCGCUCCAGCCCGCUCGCGGUGGCGGCGCUCGGCGAGGAGGUGUCGCGGCUCGUGCUCGCCCUCCGCGACGGCCUGCGAGAGCAAUUCGAGGAGGACGUCAAGCCGUACCUGCGGCGGAUGAUGACGAGGAAGUGGCUGACGAACGACGACGACUUCGAUCGCCUCUACGCUCGCGCCGAGCUCCUGGCGCAGCACUGCGCGGCCGCGCGGCCGCCGCACGGCCAGGAGGUGGCGAGCCGGGCGCACUACCACGUGCUGAAGGAGUACGUGGGCCAGCUGAUGAAGAACAAGUACUCGUGCAAGAACCGCAAACACGACGAGGCGGCCGGCAAGAUCCGAGCGCAGUGCUCCAAGCUCGCGGACGUCUUCCACCGCAUGGGUUCGCGGGAGGACUGGCUGGACCCCGUCGGAGAGCGCCUGAGCGACAUCGUGGGCCAGGAGAACAAAAACCACAUCAAGGAGCACCUGCAGCCGCUACUGGAACAAUACCCCGACUUCAGCUGCAGGCACCUGGCCGCCGUGCUGGCGUUCCGCGGCCUGAUGUGCGGUCGCGAGCAUCGGCGCAUCCUGCGCAGGCUCGAGCGGCUGAGGAAGACGACGACGGCGGCGACGAGCGACGACGACGACGGCCGCGAGAGGUCGUUGUUCGGCGGCACGGAGGCCGCCGUCCGAACCGACUGCCUGUCCGACGUCUCCGUCUUCUGCUUCAGCUUCGUCUUCCCCGGCGACGAGUUGAGGUCCCCAUCCGCUGCAGGAAGUAGUCCCGCAUGGAAGUAGAUCUGUUGGCUUGUAUUUCUAACGCUGAUUUCUUUCAACAUACAAAAUGUUAACAUCUUGAAAUCAUCUUAAAAUUAAAAAAAGAAAAGGUCAAUCUUGUAUGUUUGCAUCGCCUGAGUUUGUGUUUGAAUUUUGGACAUUGAAUUAUUUACACUGAAGGUUUCACACGGAAUAUAUUUCCAUUGUGUGUGUGUAUAUGCAUAUAUAUUUGUAUAAUAUAACUAUAUAUUUCAAAACACUGAAUUUGGUUAUCGCCAAAAUAAUAAUGAGUGUAGUGUUCAAAAUUCAGUGUAAAAAGGUCAAACGCAAUUGGCACAAAAAUACCGCGAUUUAUAUCUGUUCCACUUUUUUAACGCAAUGUUAAUACUAAAAAAAAAGAAAUGACUGUUCGAAACUAUUAUUGUUAUAUUUGUGCCAGCUGAGUUUGACGUUGAAUUUGAUAACAAUCAGUUUUUGGAUGGUAAAAAAAAAUGGAGUGUUAGAUUUUGUCAUAUUUUGAAUCGAGUUGAAUUUAAGAUGUUACAUGUUUUACACUGAUUUAUUUGGAAUAAUCAGUGUAAACAUUUGGAAUGUUUUAAAUUCAAACUCCAAUGGCACAAAAACACCACAUAUGUUGUUUAUGUCUCUGUUUUUAUUUUUUCUAAAUUCUGUAGUUUGAAUUGAAUGACAUUUUAAACAUUGUAUUUGUUUACCGUCAAGAUAAUCAUUGUAAAAAAAAAAAAAGCAAUCUUAAAUUCAAUUUAAGAUAUAUGUAGGACACCGGAAUUGAAAUGUAUUGCACUGAAUGUUUUGAUGGUUAAAAAAAAAAAAAAUCUGUUGGAACUUGUGGUAUUUUUUUUUAUAUGGAAGUUUAAACUUCAAUUUAAGAUGAGUAUUUUUUUUACACAGAUUUUUUUGGGGGGAAAAUAAAAAUGGAAAAA